AGUGAGAGGGAGCGAGUGUGCGAACGUGUGGACGGAAGAGGAGAGGUUGCGAGCGAGCGCCGAGGCAAGCGCGUGUCGCUGCUCCAGGAGCCGGACCCCAAGGACGGCCAGAGCGAGGCCCGAGGCUUGGUGCCGCUCGGCGAGGUGCAGCCUGCAGGAUGCCGAAAUGCGACGCGAGGAUGAAGUAUCUUCCGGCCACCUUCGCCUGGGCUCUUCUUCUCGGCACGACAACCCUCUUCUUCUACUUCCCAUGUCAGUACUACGUUUCUCGAUACCCAUGGGUUCCGGCGCUUCAAGCGGUCAUUACUUUCUUUGUACUGGCAAACUUUACACUGGCAACCUUUAUGGAUCCUGGAGUAAUACCAAAAGCCCCAUCGGACGAAGACAGAGAAGAUGAUUUUAGAGCACCGUUAUAUAAGAACGUUGAAAUUAAUGGUAUUACCGUUCGAAUGAAGUGGUGCGUCACUUGCAAGUUUUAUCGUCCACCAAGAUGUUCGCACUGCAGCGUUUGCAAUCACUGUAUAGAGACUUUCGACCAUCACUGUCCAUGGGUCAAUAAUUGCAUAGGGAGGAGAAACUAUCGCUUCUUCUUUUUCUUCCUUGUAUCGUUGAGCAUGCACAUGCUGAGUAUAUUUGGAUUGUGCUUAUAUUUCGUAUUGGAGCACAAACAGAAACUGGCCGAGGUUCAAACCAUCAUAGCUAUGGUACUCAUGGGAGUGGUGACGCUUCUUUUUAUUCCAAUUUUCGGUUUAACGGGUUUUCACGUGGUAUUGGUCCUACGAGGUCGAACAACAAACGAACAAGUAACAGGGAAAUUCAACGGGGGUUAUAAUCCCUUUUCACGAGGGUGCCUGCACAAUUGCUGCUACAUACAGUUUGGCCCGCAAUAUCCCAGCUUGAUUAAGCCGGAAAAGUAUUCGGGAAAGCGACGAGGGGCCUGCACGUCGGAAAUUUCGACGAUAGACAGCGAGAACCAGGUAAAAACCUACAUGGAUAGCAGCAAUGGCGUUAGAAAUGCCAGUUCAAAUGCUUACAAUAAGCUAUCUCCUGGUAGGGACGGCUCCGACACGGACAUGGAACCCACCGCUUCGCAAUCGGCGGACUGCGAGCCCACUCCCCCGUUGCAAAGACAUGGCUCGAAAAACAACUUCUUCCUGCCACCAGUGGAGAGCAACGAGUCUCCGAGGCAUCUACCACAGUCACAGCAUCGUCACCCCAUACAUUAUCCCAGAGUCAGUCCCCAUCCCAAGCCAAGGGGUAUGAACGGCUCGCGGAGUCACACGCCGGAUCCACUGGCGGAGUCGAGCGGCUCGCCGGCGACGGGCCCUGGUGGUGCUCGCCAGGGUGGCGCGAGUCCCACCAUGCAGCAGAGGAUCAAGGCCAUCGGCGUCCCGACGCCGCUCGCCAUAUCCAGUCCCAUUCGCAGAUCGAACCCGGGAACACCGACGCAGGUCCGUCGGCCGGACUUCAUCGGCAUUUCCGAGCAUCAACAGCAACAGCAACAGCAACAGCAACAGCAACAGCAACAGCAACAAUCUCAGCAAAUCACCGGUGGAAAAUACUACGAUGCUCAGCAUGGGAGCGGCGCGGGCCACCAACAGAGCGCCGGGUAUAGUCCACAGCGACGGUUCCUCUCCGAGGGCGAGCUCGUGCGCCAGGCUAACGAACAUCCUUACCCCCGUACCAACAACACCGUCGACAACAUAAGAGAGCUCGCGGGCUCGCCACAGCGCGGUAUCUACACCUGGGACACCUCCCCCGGGAGCGGAUAUCCUACGGGCGGUCCCACGUCCAGUGUUGCCGCCCUUACCGCCGCCCACCAGCAGCAUCAAGCCACCGUGGUCGGGCCGGGAUCGCAGAGGCCACCUCUACCUUACGACUACUACCGCUCGAAUCCAACGAGCCCGACGCAGCAGCCGUACGCAGCGGCCCCGAGAGCUGCCUAUCAUCCGGUGCUCCGGGGAGGCGUGCCCGUGUUUCCGCCGCAUCAGUCGCCCCAGGUUAAGCGGAAGACGAGCAUGGCCACGCCGACAACGCCCACAUCAACGACUACGACGAUGGCCAGUGGCCCCGUGGACAACCGGCGCCGACCUAUGUCGUUCGUGCGUGCCCUCGAGAUCACGGACUCGAUGGAGAUGGUGCCGUCAUCGGGCGGUAGCGGUGGUGGGAGUGGCGGCGGUGGUGGGAUCGUAGCUGGCGCUGGUGCUGGUCAAGCCGAUCCCAGGUCCUCGAAUCAGAGGCCGACGUCGCCGACGCCACCUGACCGCGCUAGUGUCUACGAUAUGAACUACGAGAUAUCGGUAUAGCGCAGCUGUUACGUCUCCCCGCCGAUAUGUGGCUGGAAGGAGAUGAGGCGCGACUCGCCCAACCUAUUCCACUUCAGCGCCAAGGAGGCGAGCAA